AUGUCCGACAACUCUGGCUGGUCUGGCACUUUCUGUUCGUCCAGGUCCUCAAACUGGUCGAAACAGAUCGGACACUGUCGUUCUGAUUCCGGCAAUUGUGACAGCGGGAUCGGCUUGAGCGAAGCAAUGGCGUCUUUGGAAGCAUGUUUGUGUUUAGAAGGUCUGUUAAGGAUCUCAACGAAAUUGCGCAUCAUAACGGCGAUUGGCGACUCUGAAGAGCCGGAAAAAGGCCCUGUUCUGUUGGAAUCGGACGGAAACACAUCAAAGGCAAAGGAAAGCCCCGGAGUGCCGCCCAAAAACUGUGGGGGAGGAAUAUUGUCAGGAUUCAUUAAAUCACAAAGAAUUAUUUAUCUUAUGGACACAGGAGAUGGAGUGGACUGGUGCGAGGUGGGGUUGAACGGAGAAAACGUAGCCGGCAUGGCAACCGGCUCGCGCGCAGGCACAGAAGCCUGUGAUGGCGCUGCUGGAGUAGCAGCGGCAGCAGCAGUACCGGCCUGCGGUUGGGCAGACAUCGAUUGGUUGAUCACGUCGAGAUCAACCACACCCAUCAGUAGCAAGGACUGUGCAGCAGCCACGGCCAACUUUGGGUUGGAGUGCAAGAUCUGGGCAGCCUCGGUGUAG